UUCCACCUUUCCUUCAUCUCAUUUACUAUUGCAAAGUGUGCGGGGUGUUUAUGUAUUUCUUCGUUAAUGAGUCUGUCUACCUACUUUUUGACAGCAGUGAUAUGAUAACGGUGAUCACAUCUGUAUCAUAUUCUUCUAUUCGAUUAUGUUCUGUUUUCCUUCGUACUUUACUUUCUCCAGUUCUUACCCCUUUCCUAGUUUGGUUCAUUUGUACAUAUUGAUACUACGUCCUGUGGUUUCUAAGCCCAAUGGUCGGCGUUUACAGGUUUCCAUCCAGCAGAAUAUCAUGACACCGGCGUUUGUGGAUAGCUUUCGGACAGCCUAUCACCCAGUUAUCAUCUCAUUGUCCGGGUUGUUUCUCUCCCUUCUGACUUGUCCCUCUCCUUUCAGCAGCGCAUAUCAUGCAACUUUGGAUGAUCUAAGCUAUUGUCGCGGUAUCAUAUUCCGGACAUUUGGGACAGCCUACGUUGAUGCUUGGUUUUUUUUUUCCCGUUCUCUUGUUUUCUUGAGCUACUGUAUGGUUGUUUGGUGUUCUGUGUUCGGCGUUGGCUUUAUGGGCCGUUUCUUGUCGCGGGCUAUUCUUCUCUAUCUGGUUAUCAUCGGCACAACGAAGGAUUCACUUUAUCUAUGGGUGGUGUUCAAACCGCUUUAUGGAUGUGCUUUUCCGUCCUAACCAAAGGGUGUCCAUUUCGCUACGCCUCAGAUGAGAAACAACCUAAAUA